ACGAGACUAAUCGAGAUGACAGACGUAGACAGAGCAGACUAGUCAGAGGAGACGGGUUGUCAAGUGGAUAGAAAUUCGCAUCUAUGUUACCUUUUGUUUGAAGGAGCGAAUAGUACUGUGAUCGCCAUCAUGUCUCAAUUACUUAGAGCUUCUAUCCACAAGAAUUUGAAGAACCCCAAAGUUAUUGGAGGAGUAGCAGUUGCCCUUUUUGUUGCUUAUCGGGUAAAGAACGGCGCUAGUGUUCUCCGCCGCUGUGGACUCGGCGGCCUGCUCACUGGCGACACGCAUAAAGCCGGUCGUGCAGGCGCGACUGCUGAUGUGCAAGCGGACGGUAAGAAAGAUGGUCAGAACAAUUCGAAUAAACAGGGUGAACAUAAUAGCCCAAAACACUCAAAUAAUCCAUCUAGAUCAUCAACAUCAGUAGGAAAAGACUUUUACAUCCGACUCAGGAGACUAUUCCGUAUUAUCUUGCCAGGAAUAUGGUCCAAAGAAUUUGGGAUUCUGUUUUUGCACACAUUGAGUUUAGUAACAAGAACUUUCUUGUCAAUCUAUGUUGCUCAUUUGGAAGGAGGGAUGGUAAAAACAAUUGUUGAUACUAAUCUUAAAGGAUUUAUCUUUCAAAUAAUGAAAUGGUUGGCACUUGCUGUUCCAGCUACCUUCAUAAAUAGCACAAUUCGCUUCUUGGAAUCGAGCCUCGCUCUUGCAUUUCGUACAAAACUAGUUGAUCAUGCCUACAAACUCUACUUCAAGAAUCAGACCUACUAUCGAGUUGGUAAUCUUGAUAGCCGAAUAGCCAAUGCUGACCAGAAUUUGACAGAAGAUGUGAGAACAUUUUGUGAAUCAGUUGCUCAUCUGUAUUCAAGUCUAACAAAGCCACUGCUUGAUGUUGUGAUGAUGACCCUUGCCCUUAUUCGACUUGCGAGACAAGGCAAUGCAGGAACAAAUGUUCCUGGUCUGAUAGCAGGCUCAGUACUGAUUUUAACAGCCAAGAUCCUCAGGAUGGCAUCACCUAAGUUUGGAAGGUUGGUAGCAGAGGAAGCCCAUCGCAAAGGACAGUUGAGAUUUGUUCAUUCUAGGAUUAUCACCAAUGCAGAAGAGAUUGCUUUCUACAGUGGACAUGAGGUGGAACACAGAAAUCUGUUGGAGAAAUACCACUCAUUAAAGCGUCAGAUGACUCUGAUAUUCAAGAAACGUUUGUGGUAUGUGAUGCUGGAACAGUUUCUGAUGAAGUACAUGUGGUCUGCCUCUGGGAUGAUGAUGGUAGCUAUACCAAUCAUGACGUCGACGGGACCUGUACUAGAGGAUGGAGAAGUGUUGAGUGAAAGUGAGGAAGUGAGUUUAAGAACUCAAGGAUUCACAACAGCUAAAGGUUUACUUUCAUCAGCAGCAGAUGCCAUUGAGAGAAUCAUGUCAUCAUACAAAGAGGUAACCGAGUUAGCAGGUUACAGUGCUAGAGUAUCAGAUAUGCUUACAGUGUUUGAGGAUGUCAGUCGAGGGCACUAUGUCAGGAAUACUGUUACUACCAAUGGAAAGGUCAAAGGUCAGAAAAUAAUCAAGGAAGUAACAUCAUCAGCUGAUCUACGAGGAGAGGUUACUACGACAGACUCGGCUUUGAUCAUAGCAGAAAACCUUCCCAUCAUCACACCAAACCAAGAUGAGGUCAUAUCAAGCUUGUCAUUAAAGGUUUCUCCUGGUAUGCACCUAUUAAUUACUGGACCAAAUGGAUGUGGAAAGAGUUCUUUAUUCAGAAUACUGUGUGGUCUAUGGCCAGUUUAUAGAGGCAAGCUAGUUAAACCAGAUCCUCAUCAUAUGGUCUUCAUACCACAAAGACCAUACAUGUCUCUUGGUACAUUAAGAGAUCAAGUUAUCUACCCUGAUACACCUAAAGAGAUGGCUAAGAAGGGUGUUACAGAUGAUGAUCUAGAGAAUAUACUUGGCAUUGUUAACCUUCAAUACAUUAUCACCAGAGAAGGAGGAUGGGACUCUGUGAGUGAUUGGAAGGAUGUCUUCUCUGGAGGAGAGAAACAAAGAAUGGGCAUGGCUAGACUCUUCUAUCAUAAGCCCCAGUUUGCCCUUCUUGAUGAGUGUACUAGUGCUGUAAGCAUUGAUGUUGAAGGAAAGAUAUUCCAAGCUGCAAAGGAUGCUGGGAUUAUCAUGUUGACAAUAACACAUAGACCAUCGCUAUGGAAAUACCACACUCAUCUACUGCAGUUUGAUGGGACUGGUAAUUGGAGAUUGGAAGAGCUAGACACAGCAGUACGACUCUCCUUAAAUGAAGAGAAGCAACGUCUUGAAUCACAGCUGUCUGGGAUUCCACGCAUGCAGGAAAGACUGAAUGAGUUAUGUGAGAUCUUAGGGGAGGAUUCCGUGCAGAGGACAGCGCCCUCUAAGGAUAAGAAGAAGAAUGGAUGUGAAUAAAAUAUGGGUAUUGGAGAACAAUCAAUUGAGAUGAUGAGAGAUGCCAUUGAUGAAGGUACAGAAGGCAAUAUGUUCAUAUUAUUUGCCAAAGAUAAGGAGAGAGUUAAUAGAAAGAAAGACAGAGAGAAAAGCAAGACAGAGACAGCCGAACAGACAGAGAAUGUAGGAAGUAUAAGUGCAUGAUCACAUAGUGAUCAAAGAUCAAUUAAAAUAUGUGCAAUGGAUUGAGCAAUCUAGGCACAGAGGAUAGAUAACAUGUGAAAUAUGCUGCCAUGGGAAAGUAAUCCAUUCAUAUUUUAGCAUUCUGCUUCCCAAAUUGUUAGUAUUUAUUGCCAGAGGCCAAUGUUAAACAGGACUUCAGAAUAUUGGCCAAUGGAAACAGAAAAUAAAUACAAGGGGUGAACUUAUUUGUUCACUCAGUCUUUUGGGGCUUCUUUUUGUUUUGAUGGGGGAGGGGGGUUCAUAUAAAAGGUUUCUAAAACAGCUCAUUGCAGGUAAACAAUUUUACAUUUCUUUGAAUAUAGUCAGGAUUAUACAGUACACUCUGUAUAUUGAAAAAAAUUUAAGAGCAACUGAUGGUAUGUCCUUGCUGCUGUAGGUUCCAAGUGCAGCUGUUCCAUGAUGGGAAUUGAUUUUGAUACCCUAGCCAAACAAAGUGCGAAGGGGGUACAUGUAUAGGAUUCAGUGUACAGUUGGGUGGGUGGUCAGUGGGUCUGUUGCAAAUCUUGCGCAUGAAAUUUGGGUACAGAUAUGCAAGACACAUUUUUGCAUGUGUUGAAAUUUUGUUGCCAUGGUAAUAAAAUAUAUGGCAAAAAUUAUGUAAAAAAAUCUUUUGCGAUCAAACUAUUUCAUCAGUGUUCAGUGUUUUUUCUUUCACUUGUCAGAAAUUGCAUUGCCAUGGUAACCACAUAUUCUAGCCAAACACCAAGGAAAACUCCUUGUGGAUCAAACUGCUUUCUCAGUUUUUAACCAGGGCUCAUGGAAGUUGGCAGAAGUAUUCUUUUUGAUGUGAAGACCUGCAAGAUUUAUUUUCUAAUUGUGUUGAAAACUGCAUUACCAUAGUAAUGCCAUAGGGCAGAGGUAUUAAUCACCAGUGAUAUUUCUAAUUUGUUUGUAAGCUAUAGCAUAUGAUUAUAUGAAUACCAUCCUCUUUUUGCAAGUGGUGUUAAAUGUUUCAUUGUAAUUGUAAUGAUUUACAAUUGAAAGAGCCCAAGAUAUAGCCAGUAUUAUUAUAUUUCAAGUCACCUGUAUAUAUAGAGUUACACCGCCUAAGGAUUACACUAUUUACAUGUAUCACAAAUAAUAGAGUUUAAAAUCCGUUAACCUAUUGUAUAUCACAUUAAAUAGAUUUGCCUUGGGGAUAUACAAUAUAGAUACUGAGAUAAUGAAAAAUGUGGAUAUGUGAGAUAAAGAACAAGUGGAAUAGUGAGAAUAACUAGGGGAAAAUGUUAAAUGUUAAACUAAACAUAACUGCAGCUUUAAAUGCAACUGACUAGAUGUAGCAUAAAAAAUAUUCUGAAAUAGUGUGUUCCAAAUGAAAGGUUGUAAAUGUAUCAAUGAUGAAUGACUGUUGAUUUAUGAUUUAGUUGGAAGUGUUUUAAUGUUUGAAAUCUUUUAUAAAUAUUAUAUUAAUAUUUUGCAAUGGAUUAAUUGUUUAUGUAUGUUUUUUCAUGUCAUUAUUGUAGUCAGCAGAAUGUCAAUCUCUCAAUAGUUACUUUAAAAAAAAAUGCGAAAGAGCAGAAAAUUACUGAGUUGCCUAUGUGAAGAUGAUAAUCUUGAUAUGUUGAGUAUUUUUAUUCCACUUAUCCAGCUAACUGGUCAGAGCAAAUUCACAAACAAAUUUGGUCUCUGUGAUCAUUAUACCCAUUUAGCUAAAUUAGGAUUUAGACUCAGGGGCCAAUAUUCUGAACCUAGGUUUAAAUUAAACCCUGGUUAAUAGUUGUGGUUUAACUAUGGAGAGCCAAUUUAUGCACAAAUCCCUAACAGUAC